AUGCUUCUGAGUCCAUAUUUUUUUGAUCUCGGAUCAACUGCACUUGAUGCUAUGGAUUGUGUUAUUAUGCUUUUUGUUUUAUCCCUUAUGAUUGUACAAUCUGCUGGGCUGCUUUUAAAUUCUUUAAAAGAAUUAUAUAGUCUAAUCAAAAGAAAUUUUGGUCGAGAUCUACGCCCAAACCCAGUUAAACUAUCAAAAAGUACAAAAAGAAUAGAUCUAAACAAUUUGAAUGAUUUUUUUGAGGACAAGACUCCGACAAAUAUGGGAGAAAAUAUACAAUUUGCACACACAGUUACCCCAAGUCAAGAUCUCCGCUAA